AAAAAAAACAAAUAAUUAAUUAAUAAUUUUUAUUUCCAAAUUAGUUUUUUUUUUAAUUUGUACCAAAACACUGAAUGUUUUUUAAUCACACGUUCGUCAACCCUCUAACUAUAUAUAUAUUCCGUUAUCCAUUUUUUUGGAAUUCAACUUUUAGUGAAAAAUCAAUCUGUUUGAUAGGUGCCUACCUACAAAAUAAAUGUGUCACUUACAAGUAGGCCAAAUAGAAUAAGUUUUAGUAUGUUAAGUAAACUGUCAUUCUGACACUUCCCCAAGAUUAGAAAAAUUGGCUUCCUUCUCAUGGAACAAAAUAUUGGUAACGAUGAAGAUAUAAAUUUUAAUAAAACUAUUAGCUUGCCGAAGAAGAUUCCGUCUAAGAGUCGUUUUUUUUCUAAUCAUUUCUACCUUUCACAUCCAGAAAUGACGAAAACAACCAACUCUCAAAACUUAAAAGAAUCAUUAAAAAAUAUCUCGCUGGCUGGUUUGGAAGCUGAUUUUAAUUCAAAAUUGAAAACGAGUAUUUCUUUUAUAAGCAAUGAAUUAUCGUAUAAAUCACAGUCUCCAAGAAAUUAUCAAAAAGAGAAUAUUUGUACACAAACCAGCAAAACAAUUUUAGAACUUGCCAAAUUAGAAAACGACGGAAUGUCUCCCGACAGUUUGAAUAACUCCCCAAAGCAUAAUCAAACGGGACCGGAAGCAAAUAUUGUUAACAAAGAACCAGUUAUUGAUCAAGCUGAUAAAGGGGACCAUGAAUCCAUUGUAAAUAAAGAAAGUACAGUUGCGUUUGCAAGGAAGGGUUACAUUACCAGAUGUACUCAUAAAGGGGCGGAAGUCCAGGUACAAACGGUCGAAACGUCGCAAAAUCCAAUUGUGAAAUAUUCAUUGACAGAACAGUUCCUUUCGAAAAAGAAAAGUCUGACUAACAAAUCCAUCACGAGCACUUCCGAACAUCGAUCUCAGUUUCUACAGCAAACUUCCCCAUUGCGUAAUUUAGUUACAUCCAACACUACAAUGGCUCCAAAUAAAACGAUUAUACCCUUUAACAAAGACUUUAGAAGUCAGUCUUUCGUUGAGCCUAGCGGUAUUCCGAAUUAUAUCGGCGACGAGUCUCGUUUUGUGGAACGUCCCCAAGCGUCCAGGUUUACAAUCAAAAGGAUAAAGGAACGCCGACCUAGUGGCGAAAGAUCGCGACAUUUUAAAUUCCGGAGCAGUUCAAAUAAGGGUGGAAGUGGUAAUCGUACUAGAAAUACUUCCCCUAAUGAUCGUACUAAGAAAUCGUCAAAUUUCAUGGCUCCUACAUUAGCGAGUGAACAAAAAAAUCGACUUCCAGAAGUUCGAACUUUUACAAAUUUGAUACCAUCUCCAAGAAGGGGUCGAACAUUAAGUCCUAAAAGGUUAGCCGCCGAAGUGAUUGAAAGAAUUCAUAAUUUGCCUUUACAAAAGGUCCCUUAUAUAGAUCAGCGUUUUGGGACCGAUUCUAGUCGGAAAUCAUCGGAAAAAUUGAUCGCGAAACCAGAAUGCAGUGAUUUUAAUGCCAGUAAUACCGAUGUCGAUGGCAAAACCUCUCAGGAGACUCUAGUGUCUACUAGUAAAAACGUGGAUUCGUGUUCUAUUUCUUCUUCUGAACACGCCAUUAACAUUGCUAUAUCGCAUAUUCGCAGUUCUGAUUGGUGUACAGCUCUGAAAGGUUUAGCAGAGUUAACAGAACUUUGUAAAUGCGUGGAUCUUGAGAAUAUUUACUCGCACAUGCCUGUAAUUAAUCAAAGACUUAUUGAAUUACUCCGUAGUCCUCGAUCGCAUGUUUGUCGUACGGCGUGUCAAGCUGCAGGACAUUUUUUCGAAUUUGUGAAAGAUACUCGACGCCCUGAAUUUGACGAUAUAGUGAACAUUUUGUUGUUUAAAACUGCCGACACCAAUAAAUUUAUUAGAAAAGAUGCAAAUUUAGCUCUGGACUGUAUGGUAACCCACAUUCCCGCUUUUCAUGCAAUUAGGGUGUUGAGUGAUAAGGGUCCGGAGCAUAAAAAUAGCUUGGUAAGGGUUGCAACUGCUAGGCUUGUAGUUUGUGCGGUGGUUAUCGCUGGUCCCAACGCCAUUUUGAAUUCGAUUGGUAACGAUGGUACGAGAAAGAGGGUUAUGCUGUGUCUGGUAAAAUUCGUUCAAGACAAGUCACCCGAUGUGAGAAAAUUCGGAGAGAGAUUGUACAAGACGCUGUGUAAAGAGGAUAAUUUCAAUUUUUUCUUGGGACGGCUUGUAGAUAGGGACGAACUAAAAACUGUUAAAUCAAUUUUAAGGCAUUAUAAUAGAAAGUGACAAAUGUAUUGUACUUGUAAAGAGAUUUCAUGUAAAAUUUGUGACUGCU